CCAGGGUGACCGGAUAUGGGGCGACGGCGGAGCGGGGAGAUCGAUAAAAGGGUCGGGAAAGCCGAUUUUGCGCAUCUGCCCCGUGGCUGCCUUUCCAUCCACUCAGACCGUCGCCGAGCCACAAAGACGUCACAUUACAUAACACGCCGCUUCAUCAUGAAGAUUUACUUGAUCGGGUCAGGCCUGUGCGUGGCCACGGUGGCCGCUUGCAUGGACGCGACCGGCCGCGAGUGCGGAGAUCUAGGGCCGCCGCCGUCCAUACUGGACAUGCCGCCGCCUCCGAUGCCGUCGUUUUUAGCCGCCGUCUUGAACGAUCAAUCGGGCAGCAACGAAUCGAACUCGCCGAACAAGGAGAUGUUGAUGGAAACCAAUGAACUGGAACCUGGCAAACCCUGCAAAGCCAUGUGCGAUACCGAUCAAGGGGUGGGAUUUGUCGAGUUGCCGCAACAAGGACCUAUUAUCGAGACGUACUCCUGGUGGAUGCUGCUGUCCACGUGCUUGCUCGGAGUGAUGCUGAUCGGGACAGUUAUACUAGUGGUAGUCGUCCGACUGAGAGAUAAGAAACGUUGGAGCAAAUCGGACUUCAGCCCGGAGCCGAAGAAGAGCCCGCCGCUGUACGACACGAUCGACAUAUCGCCGAAGACGUUUUGGGCCACGCUGUCGCCCACGGGCAACAUCGACACGACCGCGGCCACGACCCGGCGACCCGUGCACCACCAUCCGCAGACGAUCGCCAACCCGAACUUCGAGAACGGCGCCUACUAUCCGUACGAGCAGCAACACGAAUACCAGCAGAUCACCACCAUCCGCCGAGCCAUGCCCGAGUACCAGACCAUCAGACCACACGUGUCGUCGCCCACGCGCAUCGAGCAUCCCAACAUGCCGCCGCUGAACCUGUACAGAUCGAUUCGCCGGAUUUCGGAUCUGGAAUCGCCGUGAUCCGCCCCGGCGAACGGCGGCGGUCACGCGGUCGCCGACGAUCGUAAUAAUAUCGAUCAAUACGAUAUCGUGCGCGCGCUACGAGUGUAAUAAUAAUAAUAAUAAUAAUAAUAAUAAUAAUGAUACAGUAAAACCUCGCUAAGACGGAAUCGCCCGGGACCGUCCAAUUUUACAAAUUUUUCCGGAUUUUCCGACUUGACGGGGUUCGCGUUCACAUUGUGUAUCAAUUGAAUCGGGACCAAAGAAAUUGUCCGCGUCACCGGGGUUUCCGUCUUACCGAAGUUCCGUCGUUUUACUAUUUUACUGCAUUUUAGAAAUCCCGCCGGAGGCCGACGACAAUAUUAAUAUUAUUAUGUAAUGAUAUAUUAUUAUAAUUCCGUCGCCAAGCCGAUACGUCUCUGGUAUCGUCCAAAAUUUUUCGCGGAAGUUGUCGUAUUCACAUUAUAAUAUAAUAUUAUACAUCAUGAUGUAGAUAAUAUAUUAUACCAUGAUAUUAUGCUCCGGUUACCCCGAAUCGUGUUUAUUUGACCUGUGCAUUUGACAGAAGAAAAAGCAAUUCCUUGACGCUCUACUCGCGUACCGUCGUUAUAUAUUUUAUAGUCAGAGUAUAUUAUAUAAUAUUUUAUAGGCAAAAUGUAGUACAUAAUGUGUAUAAUAUUAUACACUCACUGUAUAAUAUUAUUAUGUAUAGAUAAGGCUUACUUAUAUAUCGCGUGAGUUUAAAUGUAUCUCGCUCCAUCCCCCCCGAAACUCGAAUAUUUAUUUUUUUCUUAUAUUUUAUCAACAAACUUUUGUGUUUUCGACGAAUUCAAUCGUUCGGAAUAAUCGCACGGCACGGUAAACAUGACAAUAAGAAGAAACGCAUUGCAAGAUACAUAAAUCAGCAUACGCCUUAUUGUGCCGUGUUCAAAAUUGAACGACGUUAUUUUUUUUUAGUUUUACACACCAGUAACUCCCAUUAUAAUAAUAUAAUGCUAUAUACGACGUAGGGUGGAAUGUAAACACCGAAAUUGAUGUUUCAUUUUCGAACAGUGUUCGGCUUAAUACGUCUUUGCGAAUUCGCAUGGUAAAAAAUAACCUUAACAUUUUGUAACCAAUGGUGAAAACUCACGGUUUUUUUUUUGUUCUUUUCAAGUUUCAAUAUUGAUGUUUCGACCAAACCGUCUAGUCCUUAAGUUAAGUACCCACUUUUAGUCGAACAAUAUUAUUAUAAGCCACUACUGCUGCAAUGGCCCAAUUUAAUAACCGUUGAUCUGUUUUAUACACUAUAUAAUGGGAAACGGACGGGGAUACCAUAAUAUUGAUAGGUAUUUGAUUUAUCGUAUAGAUCUGUAGCUGUGAACUAAGAUUUCGAAUAGGUACCUACGACGCUCCUUUACCAUUAUACCUGCAAUGACUGAAAUAUUUUUUAUACAGAUUGUCAAUACUUUAACGUGCUUAUGGUUUUCACCCAAGUUAUUUAAGAAAUUAUUUCAUAUUAUAUUAUCUAAGAAUGCCACUUGUAAUUUUUGUUUUAAUUAUGUAUGGUAUAAUUUAGCUGUUAUAUUGUUUUUGUUGAUGUUUUAUUCGUUUGUUUGUUUGUUUGUUUAUUUUUUUCGUAAAUUAUAUUAUCGUGUAUAAAUUUUGAUAUACUUAAAAUGAAAACUAAUAGUUUUAUACGCAUAAGAUUAAAUUGUAUGUACCUAGAUGAAUGCAAUAAAAAGCAUUAAUACUCAGUAAAUAAUACCAUA